GCAGAGGGCGUGGUCAGGAAGUGACAUGGCCGCCUCCUUAUACGGAGGUUCCUCGCCACUCCGGUUACUUGUAGGUUAAAGUAAUUUGCCGUUUUCAUUCACAAAGUUUCACCUGUACUUUACAGGAUAGCACCCUACGAAGCUCAGCAUGGGCACCGUCCACGCCAGGAGCCUGGACCCUCUGCCCAUGCAGGGGCCAGAAUUGGGAGUUCAAGCAGAUGACAUUGAAGCUCCAGGGGUUGAGCAGGAGCCAAAGCAAGAAAUUCUUGAAAACAAAGAUGUUGUAGUUCAGCGAGUGCACAUAGAUGGACUAGGAAGAACCAAGGAGGAUCUGCUGACCUAUGAAAUUGCAGAAGUGUUUCGUGCAAAGAACUUGAUCGACGUGAUGCGAAAGUCCCACGAAGCCAGACAGAGGCUGCUGCGUCUUGGUAUCUUCAGAAAGGUUGAGGUGGUUAUUGACACGUCACGAGGUGAAGAUGCUCUUCCUAAUGGCCUCGAUGUGACUUUUGAGGUCACUGAACUGAGACGUAUGACGGGCAGCUACAACACUAUGGUUGGAAACAAUGAAGGAAGCAUGGUACUUGGCCUGAAGUUACCUAAUGUUUUUGGCCGGGCAGAAAAACUGACAUUCCAGUUCUCUUACGGUACCAAAGAGACAUCCUACGGCUUGUCCCUCUUCAAACCCCAACCCGGACACUUUGAACGAAAUGUCUCUGUAAACGUGUACAAAGUAACCGGCCAGUUUCCAUGGAGCUCACUGAGAGAGACGGAUCGCGGCAUCUCUGCAGAACUGAGCUUCCCUUUAUGGAAGACCAACCAAACCCUGAAGUGGGAAGGAGUAUGGCGGGAAUUGGGCUGUCUGGCUAACACGGCCUCGUUUGCUGUCCGUGAAGAGAGCGGCCAUUCUCUCAAGUCCUCCCUUUCGCAUGCAAUGGCCAUUGACACCAGAAACUCUUCCAUUCUUCCCAGGAAAGGUGGCUUACUGAAGAUUCAUCAGGAACUUGCUGGUUACACUGGGGGUGAUGCCAGCUUUCUAAAGGAAGACUUUGAGAUUCAGCUCAACAAAACACUCUUUUGGGACUCAGUCCUAUCUGCAUCAUUGUGGGGUGGCUUACUUCUUCCCAUUGGUGAACAACCAGCAUGCAUAGCAGACAGGUUUUACCUCGGUGGCCCCACUAGUAUCAGGGGAUUUAGUAUGUACAGUAUGGGCCCACAGAGCGAUGGUGACUACCUGGGAGGAGAGGCCUACUGGGCUGGAGGCCUCCACCUCUACACACCUCUACCCUUCAGACCAGGCAGGGGAAGCUUUGGCGACCUCUUCAGAACCCACUUUUUCCUCAACGCCGGAAACCUUUGUAACCUCAACUAUGGUGAGGGGCCUCAUGCUCAUUUGAAGAAACUGGCAGAAUGUAUCCGUUGGUCAUAUGGACUAGGCAUUGUGCUGCGCUUGGGGAACAUUGCCAGGCUGGAGCUGAAUUACUGCAUUCCCAUGGGAGUCCAAAGUGGAGACAGGAUAUGUGACGGGGUCCAGUUUGGAGCAGGAAUCAGGUUCUUGUGAAGCCACAUUUCUUUUAUUCGUUUUAAGGGAAGGGGACAUUGCUUGUACAGAAUUGUUAUUAUAACAAGUUAGUUCAAUAAAAUUGUUUUACCUGA